AAAGCAUGGCAGGAGCAAGAGCAGGCAGGGCAGUUGACUGGAGGACUGGGUGCGGGCUUCAAGAGCCCCAUAAUCCAAAUACGAGAGGCGGACUUGCCGUCGUCCCCCUCGUCGCCGAUCAUGCAGCGAAUGCCAUCCAGAGCAAUGUCCUUUUCUCGACGAAAGUUGUCUCUGAGCAGAUCCGAGACUCGCAAGGCAUUGGGCCAGAGUGAGGCUGACAGGACAGGCAAGGCUGUUCAGGUCAUUAUCGAGGAGCCCGAAGCGACAGACCGGCCCAAGCCAUCUCACUCUGUGAGCCAUCGAGGUUCCAAGAUCGACCUGAGCUUCGUGGCGGGAGACGCGAUGCCCGGAGAAUCUGAGGAGUUGCGGGAUCUUUCCAAGCGCACUACAACGAUACCCGUCAAGGUGACGCGCAGAGUAGAGACGUUCUACCCGCAUCCCGACUGGAAGCCAUUCUCGAUGCGGUGGCCAUACCUACUCAUGCUGAUUUUGCUGUCGUUUGUGUUAGCAGGCUCGACCGAGGCUCUGUAUCAACGGUCAGCACAGUCCAAGGAGGGAGGUCUAGUGCACUUCCAAAAGCCUGCAGACAUCGACAGCCUCGAAUACUUCUCCAUCAAGUUCCUACCGACCCUCAUAGCUGUCAUCUACGGCGUGCUGUGGCAGACGGCAGACUUUGACGUGAAGCGGCUGGAAGCCUACUACCAGCUCUCCAAGGAUGGUGGAGCAACCGCCGCUGAGACGCUCAACGUGGAUUAUAUCACGAGCUUCAGCUUCCUGCAACCGCUUCACGCGUUUCGCCGGCGGCACUACGCCGUGACCAUCGCAUCCAUUGCGUCUAUCCUCGCCGUCUCCGCCGUCCCAACUCUCGUCUCGGCGUCCAUCAACUUGUCGCCAGACAGCGCAACACGAAUGGCAAACCCAGAGAUAGAAAAGCAUAUCUCCAUUGAUCCCGUGUGGUCGCGGCUCAACGAGGCUGUGCUGAUCAUCAUCGCAUUAUUGGGCUGUGUCUUGUUCUACCAGCUCAACACGCGACGGUCCGGCCUGCUGGCGGACGUUAAGGGCAUCGCCGGCCUGGCAGCCAUGGCAAACGUAUCGCAUAUCCUGAUGGACUUCAAGAAUUGUGACGUCGCAACCCACGAGGACAUUCACAGAAAACUCAAGAACCACCGCUACAUACUGCGCAACUCCUCCCUCGCGCCGAUGGACGAUAGCGACUACGACAAGAACAAUGCCGAUCUCAGCAGUGCCCUGGCCAAGAUCACAGGCCAGCCGCUAGACGUGGCCGAGUCGUCCGCCAAGUACCAGCUCACCCUGAACCCACACCCGCUCAUGUUUCGCCCACAGGGGUCCAUUGCCUACAUCUCCGGCAUCGCCCUCUUCACCAUCUUCCUCCCCGUCUUUCUCUUCACGCCGGCGGGGGACUGGACCGACAAGGCCCCCUGGGUCAUCACCGCGCUGGCCGUCUGCAUCAAGCUCGGCUGGGGUGCGCUGGACACGACCGUCCGGCUGAUGGAGCCCUUCUACAUCCUCUACCGCCGCCACGCCCCGCCCAGGACCCUCACGCUCGACUACACCGCCAUGCCCUUCGCCUGGGUGGCCGUCAAGGCCCUCUUUGGCCGGCACUGGCUCGUCGCCGCCGUGGGCUUCGGCACGGUCAUGACCGAGAUGCUGACCGUCCUGGUCUCCUCGCUCGCCACGGUCGAGGGCCGUGCCUUUGGGCCGUCGUCGUCAUCGUCAUCGUCAUCAUCAUCAUCAUCAUCUGCUCCCAAAGAAGGCGGGAGCAUCGACGCAGGCGAGGAGACGGUGCACAGCUUCUGGCUGUCUCUCGUGUCGGCCAUCUGCAUCCUGCUGUACAUGGGCGUCGUCGCGGCGCUGGUGUUUGUCCGUCGGCGCAAACCCUUCCUGCCGCGUCAGCCCAACACCAUCGCCAGCGUGCUGGCGUUCAUCCACCAGAGCAAGAUGCUGUACGACUUCGUGGGCACGGAGCAGUACUCCAACGCCGCCAUGCUGCAGCACCUGACCGACAUCAACAAGAGCUACGGCCUGGGCUGGUUCGAGGGCAGGGACGGCAAGACGCACUGCGGUGUGGACGAGGAGGAGCUCAGCGCUACGUAUAGGCACGGUGUGGACUUUAGCAGGAGUAAUAAUCCGUGGAUGGAGAGCUUUGAGGAGUGGGUGUAAGUAGGGGUCGCCGACUAGAGCGUUGAAAGUGUAUUGUAUAAUACUCUGCGGAAGGGUGGCAGAAUUUGUAGUUUUACAACGAGAGCAAUGAAUAGAUACCCCCCCACCCCC